UGUCACUGAAAUUGUCCCCUGUCACGCACAGAGAAGUUAUACAAACGGCGAAACACAGCUGCAUUGUUGUUUGCUCGCUGCCACGCAGAUUUAAGGAACUUGCCCCUCAGUUAAAGUUUCUGUGAGGUUACAGGUCUCACUUAACGCGCCGCGCUGACCAAGGGUGGCUAUGGCCGGAGAAGGGGCGGGCGAAGAGCAAAUCCCCCGAGCGCCUGAGCGCAAGGAAUAUCUGUUCAAGGUGCUUGUGAUUGGGGAGCUGGGAGUGGGCAAAACCAGCGUCAUCAAACGCUAUGUCCAUCAGCUUUUCUCACAGCACUACAGGGCCACCAUAGGGGUGGAUUUUGCUCUCAAAGUGAUAAAUUGGGACAACAACACGCUGGUUCGACUGCAGCUGUGGGACAUUGCAGGACAAGAGCGAUUUGGAAACAUGACACGCGUAUACUACAAGGAGGCUGUUGGAGCUUUUGUGGUAUUUGAUGUAACAAGAGGGUCAACGUUUGAAGCCAUCACAAAGUGGAAAUCUGACUUGGACAGCAAAGUCUUCCUUCCAAGCGGCGGUCCUAUACCUGCAGUUCUUCUGGCCAACAAGUGUGAUCAAAAGAAGGAAAACAGCAUACAGAGCCCUCACCAAAUGGACCUCUUCUGUAAAGAAAAUGGCUUUGCUGCAUGGUUUGAAACUUCUGCAAAGGACAACAUGAAUAUUGAUGAAGCUGCUCGAUGUUUGGUAGAAAACAUACUCGCAAAUGCCAAGAACUUUCCUGUAGAGGAAAAUGAUGAUGGUAGCGUAAGAGUUGACCAGGAGACAAUGCCAGCAGAAAGUAAAUCUCAGUGCUGUUAAUAUUGGGCAUUCUACAGUAUGAUAAAUGGCACAGCAUAGCAUUCUGAUGCUGCCAUCGAUAUUCAGAUUGCUGCUAAAUGCUGCUUCACAUCUAGCUUGAGAAGAUCAAUUCAGCAUGGAGGAGAUGUUUACAAGGAUGUUCUUUUUGUGCAGCUCCAUUUUAUGUGCAGCAGAUUAAGAACAAGAAGUACCAAUAUGUGUUUCUGGCCAUGUAUUAUGUUCAGUAAUUAAAUAUCCCUUUAUAACCAGAGAAAACAAAUCUUUCUCCACCACUCAGUCUCAUGCAUGCUAUUUUUGACAGGUUCCUAGUAUACAUAUUAUUAAAAAUAUGUUAUACAA